CUUUUGCCGUUCAUUCGCUCGCAUCGGUGUGCCCCACUGUGCUUCGGUAUGGGUGAGCUUUCAUGCUUCUUUCGUUUCUGGUUGUUGGCUUUGUUGUUGCCGCCUAUGAAUGACUAUUAUGUAUAGCAGCGGUAUGUGUGUGUGUGGUUGAAUAGUGUGCUAGCGCUAGCUCAGCUAUUUGUUGUCGUCAUCGCUCAACGCAGCAGCAGCAAAUGUGGCAGCGGUCGUUGGCGGCAGCAUUCGUUAGAGUUUUUGGCGCUUGUUGGCCGCUUUCUUCCAUCUACUCCUUUCAUUUCACUUUAUUCCGUUCGUAUGUACGCACGUUGGGCGCGGAGUAGCCAACCAACCAACCAGCCAGUCAGUCAGUCAGUUAGGCUAAAUAAACAAACAAACGAAGCGCGAACAGUCGUCUAACGGUUGGUCGGUCGGUCAUUUCUUGUACGCGCUAUCCCCCUUGUGACCGCGCGCACAACAUUAGAACUGUAUUGUAACGUUGCGCCGGGCGCUCUCACUGCCGCGCGCCCAUCUCUUUCGCUUGUGCGUGUUGUUGGCGGUAAAAGUUUUUCUCCGCGCUGUAAAAGCUGGAUGAAAGUACCGUUGACUGCUGCUCCAACGCCAGCCGCCGCUCAAAGCAAGCGCUACGAACUCGAUUUUUUAAAACUACAUAUGUACAUACAUGCAUAGAAACAUGUAUGCAUGAAUGUGUGCGCUGUUUUCCAACUCUUCAGCGCGGCGCUGACUCUAUGUGGCCAGUCGCAGCAGUAGUGACGUCGUGAACACAGACAAGUUUUCUUCGUAGCGGCAUGCAAUCGGUUUCAUUUUGCCGCCAACUCUUUACCGUUGCGCGUCGCGGCAAUUGUUGUUCGUCAUAGUCGCGCCGAAAUACCGUUACAAACGUUAAACGUUAACGCAAUUAGCGUAAGCGCAGCCAGCUAUUAGCCAACAGUGACGAGUCAAGAACAAACGUCGUCAGGUGGCAGCGCCAAAGAACUCGAGAACUUGAAAAGUAAAAGUCAAAGAUUUAUACGAAAUUGAAUAUAAUUUCAUAGCUUUAACCAAAAGUGUAAUUACAACAACAUUUAACUUCACAAAGAAAACGAAACAAAUCAUUUUUCCGUUACAACAAUUUUUCGAAGUGAAUUUUUCGACGAAAUAACAACAAAUUUAUGAUAAAACAACUGCAAAAACGAAAAUAGAAUAUGAAAAGUUUACAGUGAAAACACCCAACCCGUUUUGAAUCCGUCCUACGUCCCAAUUGUAGUAAAAAUUUUACAAAAUAAAACCGAGGGAAGUGAAAAGACUGCAUUUUACAAGCAUUUUCUGCAAGAAAAAACCCAAAGACAUUCAAAAGCGCUCAAGCCAACUUUUGUGCUGAGAGCAUAUGCUGCAAAUACUUACGAAGCUUUCGGAAUAUUCCAGAAUUUUCACAAGUUUUGUGCGCGUUAAAGUACUUUACUGAGCGACACUCGUGCAUUGCCAUUGCCGAGAAAAGUGAGUUGAGUGCAUUCGUUAGCAGCAAAUCGUGCACUCAAACGACAUUUAGAGAAGAACGAGACAAAUCGUUGAAACGAUUUUGCAUUUUUAUACGUAUUACAAUAAAAAAAAUUAAGAAGAUCUUUAUAUGCAAAGUGUAAGACUGAAAAAAUACUUUAACAGAAAAGUGCAUUUCAUAGGCAGAAAAUAAGUGCAAUUCUCACAUUAAGCAUAUAUAGUUAUAAACGGUAGACAGUAAGCGCUAGAAAUGGUUAUAGUGCAAUAAUAAAAACUUUUCGCGAAAUAUUGCUUUGCAUUGAAGGCAUUUGUGCGCAGAAAAGUAUUUAAAACAUUAUUUAAAAUACAUGAAAUACUAACACAUAACCUCAAAUAAAUUAUACUUGAAACGAAUCAUUCGUGAGCAUUACAAAAAAAACGAGAACUUAACGGUAAAUAAAAGUAACGCAACAGAGCAAAAUAAUAAACACAUUCCACUCAGCGAGAGGUAGAGAGUGUGUGUGUGUUCAAAAGAGCGAAAGCUUUAUUUGAGUGCUAUUAAUGCAGCAAGUGUGUGUGUGCGAAAGAGAAGGGAAGCGUGUGAGUGCAUCGCAAGGAAAGCGAAAGUGCAACACAGAUAAAAUGUAUAAAUCAAAGUAACUUAACGGCAAAUAAUGCAGAAAAUAAAGUCAAACGUUUUCGUACAAUGAGCCGUUACCAGCAAAAGUUUUGAAAAAUGUUAAGACUGAAUAAAUAAUAAAUGUACUUUUUUCAAACUAUUCUGUGUGUAACUGAAAACAAUAUGCUGAUUGCUAGUUUUUUCAUAAAUGUGUUGAGAAUUUCAAGUGCAAAAAUGUGUUGGAGGUCAGCAAGUGGUAGAUUGAAUUUUGCAAAAAAUCCUAACCUCAAAAUCUCAACACGCAGCAAAUAAAUAAAUUAAUAAAUCAGCGCCUGACCAAAACUGCCUUAAAAAUAUAUUGUCGCCGCUUGUGAGUGUAACAAAAAUAAAAUAAAAAAUAAAAAACACUGUAGUAACCAAAUAUUUGAAAAACAAUAUUAAAAAAACUUCAAAACUAAGCAAAAUCUUAAUAUCGCGCGCUUAAACACAAAUCCUUCGAAAUGUUCUCCACAUUGCUGUGUUAUCCCACUUAAAAAUGACGCCGCAGACGUCAAGCAACUCUUCACAGCAUGUUGCGCAACAUGCCUGCAGUCGCGCAGCAUUUUUCUCGUACCAAAUUUAACUCUUUAAAUAAACAUAAAGUUUAGCAAACAGAAACAAAACACAACCAACUCCAAUGAAUGCCAACCAAUUGGCGUCGGAGGUGGCAGCGAGAACAGCGAACACAAUUGGCAACACUAACAACAAUAGCAGCAGCAGCAGCAACACAGUUAAUGACACCGGCAACACAGAUGUUGCAAACGAAUCCAUGAAUCUAAGUGUUUUGGGUGGGAAACAUGAAAAGAUCGCGAAGCAUUUGAAAAGUGUCGCGGCUGGUAAAGCGGAUGUGAAUGAUGAAGGCAGCAAUUGUGGCGCUGCUGGUGGCAACAACAACAAUAAUGGCAAAAGCGGAAGUUAUGAACCGAAGCAGAAUGGACAAUAUAGGGAAAGUGAUGGGCGCUUAGAUGGCAGGGAGACGCCAAUUAAAAGCUGGCAACCGCAGGAGCGCGAACAAAGCAAACAACAACAACAGCCACAACAUCACCGCGUCAAUGGCGAAAAGUCAGCUACAGCGCCUGGUUAUAACAGCAAUAGCAGCAAUAGCAACAGUAACAGCGGCAGUGGAAAUGGCAAUGGCAGCGCUAGUAAGCGCGAAAGUAACGCGGAUACGCCUGCCGCGCGCAAGCAACGCCACGAGGAGGACGCGGAUGAGGCGGCGCAUGAAAGCGCACGAGAACGCGCUGCAUCCAACAAUGACGAGGGCGAUUUCGAGCACCUGCACACUGCGACCAUUAUAAAAACGCCGCUCAAUAAGACGCUGCUGAAGCGCUGCAGCAGCUAUAGUGCGCUGGGAUGUGGCAGCAAUAGCGGAAGUGGAAAUGGUAGUGGCAGCAAUGGCAAUGGCAGCGGUAAUGGGCAGGGGUAUGGUAACGCCAACACUGCCGCCGCUAGUGCAUAUGAUAAUGCGCCCUGCUGCGCGGCCGGCAACGAGACUGCGCUCAAUUGCAGCGGCAGGGAUGAGCGCGAGCGCGAACGCGAACAGGACAAGCAGCAAGCAAACGCCGAGCAGGCGUCUUUUAAUGGCGGUGAUGAGUGUGGCUCGCCGCAGCAUAGCCCCUCGACGUCAGCGUGCGGCUUCGCGCAUAAAAUGCCAGCAACGCCGGCAACAACAACUGCUGGAGGUAGUGGCGCUGGCGAUAGCAAUGCAGCGAAAUGUAGCAAGUGCAACAACAAUAAUAACAUACAUUACAACAAUUACAAUUGUUACUAUCGCAAAAAGUCGCGCAUGCCGAUUUGCCGAAUUAUGACACUGAGCCGUGGCCCGUACAGCGAGCUCGAUAAAAUGAGCCUUUUUCAGGAUCUAAAACUGAAACGACGAAAAAUCGAUUCAAGAUGCAGUAGUGAUGGCGAAUCAGUAGCCGAUACCUCCACCUCCUCGCCCGAUCUCCUCGCACCGAUGUCGCCGAAAAUGUGCGAUACCGGCGGUGCGGGCGCUGGUGGUGGUGGCGGUCAUGGAGGUGGCGGCGGCGGUGCGCUCUCCUCCCUGCCGUUGCCCACCGCCGUCGUCACCUUGACGGCAACAUCCACAAUUGCGCCCGUCUCUGCCGCAGCUGCCACUAUCUGCUCGAGCAGCACUGUGCCAACAGCCGCCAGCAGCAACUCCGGUCACAAUGUGUGCGUGGCAACACCACCAAACGCCGCCACUACGGUGGUUGUGUCCGCUGGCAAAGCGGCAGCCAUAAAAGCUGAGCAAAAAAACCAACAGCAGCAGCAGCAGCAGCAACAACAACAGACUGAAAUUAACUCGUCCAGCGGCCCUGUGAGCGCAGCAGCCGCCUCGUCCGUGAUGUCACCGCCGCCAACAACAACAGUGCGCAUGUCACCAGCGCCGCCGACUGAUCUGAGCCUGCCGGCAGGGCGUCGCACGCCUAGCAAUGCGACGCCGACACGCGCCACACCAACACCACCGCAUAAUAAUGGUAAUGCGAGUAGUAGUUGUGGCACCAGUAAUGGCGGUGGCAGCAGUCGCGCCUCACCGGACUCAAUGGAUGAGCGUCCGUCAACAACCACCACAACAACAACGGGUGGCACGCAGAUGUCUACAAAUGGUAUACAUGGCGGUGCGAGUGGGGACUGUAUGCAAAACGCUGCAAGUGCCGAGUGUGCGGUUAGUAAUUUAAGUGUCAUACGCUCGGUGAAGGAAGAGCGCAUUGCCGCCUCGCCUACGAAAAUGCUAUCCUACCACCAGCAUCAGCAGCAACAACAACAGCAAAUGCAGUAUCAACAGCAUGCGCCAUCUCCCACACAAUCCAAAGGUCUCACGCAGUCGCAGCAGCAUGUCAGCGUGCUGGUGACGCCAUCACGCAUAAAGUCUGAAUUGUCACCGCAGCAACAGCAGCAUGCGCAGCAGAUGCCGCCUACAUCGCUACAACAUCUGGCGCACCACCCGGCUUACUCCACGUCUGUGUCGACAGCGACCAGCUCGGUGACAUCCACUUCCGGCGCGUUGACUACCACAACCAGCUCCAGCGCCGCAGCACUACACGCAAGCACGCCAUCGCCGACGCCAUUGCCAACUCCGGCGGCAGUGGCAGCAGCAGCGGUGGCCGCCGCAGCGGCGCAUCAUCCGCACCUGCAUCACCCGCCGCCGCCCAUCGUGCAGACGCAUCACCUACAUCAACAGCUCACACAACCGCAGUUACGCAAGAGCAGUCCGCCAACUGGUCUAGGACUGCCGCAGCAACAUUUACUAAACCAAUCCAUGCAGCAUUUGACACAACAGCAGCAAUUGCAGCUGCUGCAGCAGGCGGCCGCUAUGUCACAGCGACCAACGCAAAUGUCGCCGAAUGCCAUUAACUCAUCGCCAAGCGCGCGGCAUCAGUCCAGCGCUUCAUCGCCACAUCAACAUUUGCUACAACAGCAUCAUCACCAUCAGCAACAACAACAGCAGCAACAGCAACAGCAUUUACGCAUUAAAAAGGAGCCAGCGCAGCUAUUGGCCGCCGCCGCGGGCAGUUUAUUGGGUAGCAGCAGCGGCGCGCAACGCCACUUACACUCGCCACAUCACCAUCACCCAUCAUCGCCACAACAGCAACAGCAGCAGCCUCCACCGCAAUUACCGCCACAAGCGUUGGGUAAUAUAGCGCAGCUGAUACACCCUGGCUCGCUGCAAUUGCGUCAUCCCAACCGCGACGCAGCCAUACUUUUUCGUGUAAAGAACGAUGUGCAUCAGCAAGUGGCUGCCGCGCAGCUUAUGCAACCCGGCGCUGCUGCCGCUGCCGCAGCCGCGGCACAACGCAUGGUCUGGGUCUCGAAUGCGCGCAUAAACGGCGUUAAACCGGAGGUUAUCGGUGGUCCGCUCGGCGGUUUGCGACCGGGUGGUCCAGCGCAGUCGCCCUCACCGCACCAUUCUUCAUCCUCUUCGUCUUCACAACUGUCGCCGCAAACGCCUUCACAAACGCCGCCACGCGGUACGCCCACUGUCAUCAUGGGCGAAAGCUGUGGUGUACGCACAAUGGUGUGGGGCUACGAGCCGGCGCCACCAACAGCCGGUCCAUCGCCCACACAUGGCGGCAAUAGCAAUAGCGGCAGUGGCGGUGGUCUGCAUCAGACGCCGCCCUCCACGCCGCAACAUCCACACGGCCAGCAACAACAGCAACCGCCCUCUUCUAUGUCAUCGCUCUCACAACAGUCACAUCACUCAUCACAGUCAUCACUGCAGUCGGCGUCAUCACCAUCGGCGGGCUCCAUUACGCCCACGCAUACGCCCGGACCGUCGCCGCAAAACAACGAGGAGGCCGCGCAACUAUUGCUUUCACUGGGUCAGACGCGCAUACAGGAUGUGCGGCCGCGGGCGCAUCAGUUUCGCACACCGCAUGCGCUCAAUAUGGAGCGGCUGUGGGCGGGCGAUUACUCGCAGUUGCCGCCCGGACAGAUACAUGCGCUCAAUUUGAGCGCGCAACAGCAGUGGGGCAGCACUAAUGCGACGGGCAUGAAUCGCGGGCUGGAUGCGCCACACGAGCCCACGGACGAGGAUGAUCAGCCGCUGGUCUGCAUGAUCUGCGAGGACAAGGCGACCGGCUUGCAUUACGGCAUCAUCACGUGUGAAGGUUGCAAGGGCUUUUUUAAGCGCACCGUGCAGAACCGACGCGUCUACACCUGCGUGGCCGAUGGCACGUGCGAAAUAACGAAAGCGCAGCGCAACCGGUGUCAGUAUUGUCGAUUUAAGAAGUGCAUCGAGCAGGGCAUGGUCUUGCAAGCUGUGCGCGAGGAUCGCAUGCCGGGCGGCCGCAAUAGCGGCGCCGUCUACAACCUCUACAAGGUCAAGUAUAAGAAACACAAAAAGUCCAAGCAGCAGCAACAACAACAGCAGCAAUCACAGCAACAGCACAUGCAUUCACCACACCAUCAAUCGCCGCUCUCACCACACCAUCAACAACAUCUGCUCUCACCGCAACAGCAUCUGCAUCAGCAUCAACAGCAAUUGGCGGCCGCUGCCGCAGUCGCUGCAGCCGCGCAGCAUCAACAUUCGAAGCUGCUAAGCGCCACACUAGGCCAAAGUGAAAUGAAGCCAAUGUUUUUGGGCCCUUCCAUCAAACAGGAGCUGCUACAGCAGCAGCAGCAACAACACCAGCAACAGCAAGCAGCGCAACUGCAUUCUCCACAUCAGCAGCAGUUGCAUUCGCCGCACCACACGCUACACGGCUCGCCACAUGGCGCGCUGCCGCCUCACUCUUCGGCCAGCGCAUUGCACAGUCCACUGUCGCAUGGGCCGCCCUCACUGCCACCACACACCUCCUCUUCAUCCUCAUCCUCGUCGUCGGCUUCUUCGGGCGGCAGCAGCAGCAGCUCACAGCAGCCAUCACACCAUGCGCUGCAUUCGCCACAUCAUGCGCUCGCUCAUGCGCAUCAUCUGCAAGCGAACGCGUCACUUGCACCGCCACAUGCACAACAGCUGCAUCAGCAGCAGCAGCAACAGCAACAGCAGCAGCAACAUCAACAGCAUGCGUCACAGCUGCAGGAGAAUGCCAUCAAAUUGCCCUCGCAUUUGGUUAACGGUACAAUACUUAAGACUGCCCUAACGAAUCCCAGCGAAAUCGUGCAUUUAAGAAAUCGUCUCGAUACCGCCGUGAGCUCGUCGAAGGAUCGCCAGCUCUCGUAUGAGCAUGCGCACUCCAUGAUCCAAACGCUGAUCGACUGUGAUGCUAUGGAGGACAUAGCCACAUUGCCACAUUUCUCCGAGUUUCUCGAGGACAAAUCGGAGAUUAGCGAGAAGCUAUGCAAUAUCGGUGACUCCAUCGUGCAUAAGCUGGUAUCGUGGACAAAGAAACUGCCUUUUUACUUGGAGAUACCCGUUGACAUACACACCAAGCUGCUGACAGACAAGUGGCAUGAGAUACUCAUACUGACCACAGCGGCGUACCAGGCCUUGCACGGCCGGCGCAGGACGCCUAGCACCGCGACGCCCGGUGGCGGUGACACAACAACAGCGCAAGCCUCCUCCACCACCAGCUCGAGCGGCGGUCGUUCUAGCGCAGGCGCGCCACCACAUUCGCCCGCCUCAGCCAAUCAUCAUCACAAUCACCAUCACAUGAGCGGCUCACCGCAUGCCACGAGUCUGAAUUUGCCACACCAGCUGCAUCAUCAACAAAUGCAGGCAGCAGCAACGCCACCGCUGCAGAAGGAGGAUCCCGAAUUCGUGGACGAGGUGAAUGGCCAUCUGCUGACGCUGCAAACGUGCCUCACCACACUGAUGGGCCAGCCCAUUGCCAUGGAACAGCUGAAGCUGGAUGUCGGUCAUAUGGUGGAUAAGAUGACACAGAUUACGAUCAUGUUUCGACGCAUUAAACUCAAAAUGGAGGAAUAUGUUUGUUUGAAAGUGUACAUUCUGUUGAAUAAAGCUCAUCUUUUCCCAUUAGCAGAAGUGGAACUGGAGACCAUACAAGAGCGUUAUGUGCAAGUGUUACGCACGUAUUUGCAGCAUUCGUCACCGCAGAAUCCACAAGAUCGACUCACUGAACUGCUGUCGCAUAUACCGGAGAUCCAAGCUGCUGCUAGUCUAUUGCUAGAAAGUAAAAUGUUCUACGUUCCCUUCGUCUUGAAUUCGGCCAGCGUGAGGUAGCAAAGGCUUGAACGUGGAUUACUGCCGAUCGAUGAUGAUCCGCCGAAGCCUAAGC